AUGGAUCUGGAUACCAGCCCGAAUGAUAAUGAGCACUCAUCGACAUCUGAAGCUCGUCAGAAGCGCUCCCGUGUUCUUCUCUCAUGUGCACCCUGUCGCAACUCAAAGCUCAAGUGUGACAGAGAGAAACCAUGCAACCAAUGUGCAAAGAAGGGCCGCGCCUCACAAUGCGCCUACGCCCCCAAGCCCGAGAGGAAGCGUCCUGCUAAAGGCAUGUCCGCGCGUCUCAAACGGCUUGAGGGUAUGGUACGCGAGAUGAUGGACUCUGAAGGUGCACCCUUGGAGGCAGCGGCAGAUACAAAGGACAGCUCGCGGGUGACGAAUGGUGCUACUACUGGCCCAGAGGUGCAGGGCCAUGUGGUGCAUGGUAAAAAGGCUACAACCUAUGUUGGCGCAACACAUUGUAUGGCGAUGCUGGAGGAUAUUGAGGAUUUGAAGAGUUACUUUGAGCAUCCUGAUGACACAGAAGAUGAUCAAUCCCCAGCCGAUGAGAUUGAUCCUACAGAACUUAUCCUAAACACAAGAGCUGGAACAAAGAACCGAGAGGAGCUAUUGAACAGUCUACCGGAUCGAAAUGUGGCAGACAGACUCAUCUCACGCUAUUUUGCCUCAAUGAGUCCCUCACAACAUAUUGUCCAUCGACCGUCUUUCACUAGACAAUAUGCCAAAUUCUGGCAAGACCCUAACGAAGCUUCACUGCACUGGAUAGCUCAAUUGUUCAUGAUGCUCAGUCUCGGUAUCUUCUUUAACAACUUCAUCAACUCAAGUGAGCUCGAAGGCGACUCUCUCUUACCAGCCCACGAUAGGAUCCGACACUACAAGGCCUGCGCUGGAUGGGCUCUUGUCUGGGGUAAAUACACACAACCCUCCGCUGCAACACUCCCGGCGUUUCUACUCUAUGUCGAGUCGCAAUUCCUCUUCAACCGUGCGGCACAGAUGAACUGUUAUGUGCUGUCAGGUGUAUGCAUUCGCUUGAUGCUCAAGAUGGGCCUCCACAGAGACCCGAGCAAGCUGGCUAAUAUCUCGCCUUUCGAUGGUGAGAUGCGUCGAAGGAUGUGGAACAUGGCCAUUCAAGUAGAACUACUGGUAUCUUUCCACAUGGGUCUUCCCAGUAUGCUACAAGGCAUCGAAACUGAUACUACUAUACCACGGAAUUUGUAUGAUGAUGAUUUCGACGAGUAUUCAACAGGACUACCUCCCGAUCGACCAGCUGGAGACUGGACUCCUAUGACAUAUCCUAUCCACAAGACACGAAUCAUGCGAGUCUUUGGACAAAUUGCUCGACAGGCUCAUGCGCUGACACCACCGAGAUAUGCCGAGGUCAGCAAGCUUGACGACUUGCUACAGGAAACCUGGUGUGGUGUUCCAUCUUUUAUGAUGGUGCGUCCACUCGAUGACUGUGUUGGCGAAGCCCCUAUUUUGCUUAUUCAACGUUUCGGCUUAACUGCUUUAUAUAACAAAUGCCGCUGCGUUUUGCACAGACGCUAUCUCGCAGAGGCGAUCCCACGACGUGAGCAUGACUACUCACGCAGACAAUGUCUCGAAGGUGCUUUGUCGCUGCUCAACUAUCAGAAUGUCAUCUGGGAAGCAUGUAAGCCUGGGCAUAUCCUGAGUCAGAACGGCUGGUUUGUCUCAUCCCUAGCAGUUCACGACUUCUUGAUGGCUGCCAUGGUGCUUUAUCUCGUCGUCAAGAACGAGAACUACUUCGAGGUUGGAAGUGACUAUGACUGGAUGUCUCAGACGACACCGACACCGACCAAGGAUGAACUCAUCGGCAUGAUCAAACGAUCUCACUUCAUAUGGCUGGAUGUGUCACAAGACGUGGCGGAAGUCAGGAAGACGGCAGAUACCCUGGCGACCAUGCUAUCAAAGCUCGGGCAUCCAGUCGAAGAGCCGGCGAGUGUUCCUGAGCAACAGGAUCCCAGUGUUAACAACGAGUCUUCUUCGUAUGGGGUACCUUCAGUAGAUCCUAGCACUCUGGGGUCAAUCGGAGGCGAUCCGGGACUUCUAUCAGGUCUGGGAUUAGGUACGUCAACGGGAUCUACAGGGGAGACACCCCUGGAUCUCGGUCUGGCUGGAGAUGCAGGAACUAGCAUGAGCUUCCCCGGUAUGGGGACGGAGGGGCUUCAGUUCGAUCCAGCUUGGAUGGACAAUGCAGCUAGCAACAUGGACUGGCGGUAUCUUGAUAUAUCACUGGCCCACAGUCACGAUGCUGGACGUAAUGAGGACACAGGCCAGACAUGGACAGAGAGGCCACCGCCUUUGGAAGAAUUGGAUAUGAUGGGAUCAGGAAUCUGGGACCCCAGUAAUCCUGAGACUAGCUAA